CACCUCACUCUGUGGAAAGAAGGGGUCUAUCAUCGAGAUAUCAGUGCUGGAAACUUGAUGUGGUACAAGAAAAACGGCAAACUACUCGGUGUUUCAAAUGACCAUGAUCUAUCCUCAUUGGCAAAUGUGGUGGGUCCUCGGGGUAAUGAGCGUACAGGCACCGUACCAUUCAUGGUGCUCGAUCUUUUAACUGCAAAGGCUCAAUGA